GUUAGUCAUGGAGCUAUUGCAGGUUACUACUGUUACCUGUUAGUCAUGGAGCUAUUGCAGGUUACUACUGUUACCUGUUAGUCAUGGAGCUAUUGCAGGUUACUACUGUUACCUGUUAGUCAUGGAGCUAUUGCAGGUUACUACUGUUACCUGUUAGUCAUGGAGCUAUUGCAGGUUCCUGUUACCAGUUAGUCAUGGAACUAUUGCAGGUUCCUGUUACCAGUUAGUCAUGGAGCUAUUGCAGGUUACUACUGUUACCUGUUAGUCAUGGAGCUAUUGCAGGUUACUACUGUUACCUGUUAGUCAUGUGAUGGAGACACCCAAUCUGGUUCUGAGAAGAGGUUAGGAAGGACAGCUUAGAUACAGGACAGCACUCUGAUAUACAGGGCAUUUUAAGCUUUUGUUCAGGAUCAAAAUAAGUGUCCUGAUUUUGAGUUCUUGUGUAAUACAGGCUUAUAUAGGCUUAUAUUACCGGUUAUGGUGUUGCAAUUCCACAAGGCUUUACAACUUCACUCUUACCUCAGAGAACAGAGGCUUAGAUUAGAUCUCCUGCAGUAACAGUAUGACUUGUUCCAGGAGUCUCGUGGUGGACCUGUUAUUUUUCUGUCUUGCUGGAGGGUUUCGUACUCAUGAUACCCGGUCUCUGCUCCAGAAGACCACUUAUAUCCUCACUGAUAAGGUCUUUCUCACAUGAGAAGUCAUCCCCACAUCAGACCAGGGACGUUACGACACCAGACAUCCCCUAGCAGCACCAUGUGACUGUGAUGAUGCUCUCCAACCCUCACGGCAGCGCCAUUGUUUCAGUCAGCAGCAGGCGAUGUUCCAGACCCAUAAACACUACUUAGAAUAGUAGCUACUUCCCUACAACUCCAUCACGUCUGACCUUACACAGUUACACACAAAACAGUUACAUGUUGAAGGACCGGUGUGUGUGGUUGAUGUCGAGGCAGUGACUCCGUAUUGUUCCCUGUAUUCCACACCCAGCCUCGGAACAACAAAAAAGGGGAUUGGCCCAGUGUACUCAGCCAAAGCAGCCCGCAGCGGCCUCCGGAUAUGUGACCUCAUGUCUGACUUCACGCAGUUCUCUGAAAGAUUUAAAGUCUUAGCCUCGCAGUAUCAGUCUAUGUACCCGACCCUGGUGAUUGACAUCGAUGGAGAGUUGUGCAAGUUGAAGGAUUACGUGGAGAAGUUAAAGCAUAUGGUGAAAGAUGGCGUCUUCUACAUGUACGAGGCCUUACAUGGACCUCCCAAAAAGAUCCUGGUAGAAGGAGCCAACGCUGCCCUCUUAGAUAUUGACUUUGGAACGUACCCUUUCGUGACCUCGUCUAACUGCACAGUAGGCGGGGUGUGCACGGGCCUAGGCAUGCCGCCUCAGAACGUGGGUGAGGUGUACGGCGUGGUCAAGGCCUACACCACCCGGGUUGGCAUCGGAGCCUUUCCCUCUGAGCAGUUCAAUGACGUUGGAGAGCUCCUGCAGACGAGGGGGAAAGAAGUGGGUGUGACCACGGGCCGUAAAAGGAGAUGCGGUUGGCUGGACCUCGUGCUCAUCAAAUAUGCCCACAUGAUUAACGGCUUCACUGCCUUAGCUCUCACCAAGCUAGACAUCUUGGAUGUGCUCCCUGAGAUCAAAGUUGGUGUGUCAUACUCUGUGGAUGGUGAAAAUAUACCUCAUUUUCCAGCCAACCAGGAAGUCUUACAAAGUGUUGAGGUUCAGUAUGCCACCCUGCCAGGUUGGAACAGUGACACCUCUGCCGUCAGAACGUUCGAUGAUCUGCCAGAGAACGCCCAGAAAUAUGUCCGCUACAUUGAGGAGCACCUCGGUGUGCCCGUGAAAUGGAUUGGAGUCGGAAAAUCUCGGGAGUCCAUGAUCCAGAUCUUCUAAGAGCUUCUCCUCCAGACCACACCCUCAGUCCCCUCUCCCUACCUCCGGAUGGCUGCCUGGUUCCAGGGGCCUGUGGCCUGGGAAGGUGGUCUAUGCUGCAUGACCCCCCCCCCCUCCCCCCCAUUGGAGAGACUUCAAAGUUGCCCCUCUGGUUGUUAAGAUGGAAGUACACUUCAGUUGCUUGCCAGCCUACACCUGUUACUCCCCAUGUAUGGCUUGUGAGAAGGCCCCCUCUUCUGGCCUUUCUGGGUCUGCUCUUCUGCCACACUUGCACAUGCACUACAUACACACUCCUAUCCAUUGAAUAUCCCCAUAUUCCAACCUCUGAUCCAGAUGUGUGACAGUCAUUGACCCGUCUACAAACCAAUGUCAGACUGUUCAGUAUGACCAUGUGUACCGAGCUGCAGUGGAACUUGGUUGAUUCAUUAACAGAUAUUUUGUGGCUGUACUGUGAUGAAAUCACUUGUGCCCGUUUGUGUAGAUGUAUUCUUUAUACCUAGCAUGAGCCCAUGGCCAUGAAACAGCCCUCUAGCAACUACAGAUUUCAUGUGUUCUGCAUGGACAACGGUCCCUGACAAUACCAGUCUCUGUAUUCAAAUUGCAGAAAAUGUAGAAUCUGUUUGUUGUUACAAAGACCUUGUUCCCAGCAACGAAGCCAUUAUGCAAGAAAAUAUAUUUAGGUUCCAUUACAAUCUUAAAUGGGCCUUUUUGGAGGUGUCAAUCAAACAACCUCUUCAUUUCCCCAGUUGACUAGAAAUGUUGUCUCAUUUCAAAGCAGUAAAAAGUUGUCCUACUAAACAGUGAGCAGUUUAGGUCAGUUAGCAUGUUGAUGGGUCAUCUUGCUAUCAAACUCCACAUUUGAAAUGACGCAUGAAUGCAAUCCUAAAUUUAAGCUCCAACGCAAACACGAUGUAGAUAUGCUAAACUCUAGUCUCAGGACUUCUACAUGAUCAUAUCAGUGUAUAUUUUAUUUCUAGGACUAGGUAUGGUUGAUUCUGUUCUGCUACUAUUAGACGUGUGGGUUUUCUGCAGAUGUAGUGUAUUAGACAGCAGAUUGUCUCCUGACUCAGUGACCACUGUAACAUGUGUUUCCUGUUUGUAUAUUAGUGAUUGAAAUAGAACUAUCUAAAUAUUUAAAAUUAAAUACAUUAAAUGAU